UUGGAAAAUUUAAUAAUAAAUUAAGAGGUCCACAACAAUGUCGAACAAAACAAAUUCGAUUGAUGCCCGGCAAGAACUCGCCGAUUUGGUGAAAAGAAAAGCGGAAAUCGGGGACACUUUGGCCAACCUCGAGAGACAAAUCUAUGCCUUCGAAGGCUCUUAUUUGGAAGACACUCAACUGUAUGGCAAUAUAAUACGCGGUUGGGACAGGUACAUUUCCAGCAAUAAAACAACGACGAAUACAAGAGAGGAUAAGCGUAAUAGGAAAUUCAAAGAGGCUGAAAGAUUGUUCUCUUCAAGUUCUAUUACAUCUAUGGCUGCUGUUAGUGGAAUCACAGAACAAUCUACUCAAGAAAACACGGACCCAAAUUCAGAUGAAGACUCGCAGAUGGAUGAUUCCAGCGACACAAAUAUGCCGUUAAAAUCUCCAAAAUCAGUUGAUUAGAGGCGUAUAAUUGUUAUUAAUAUAAUUAAUUUCAAUGAAUAAAAGAAUGUUCGAAACAA